AUGAAUCAAAGCACUAUGCAGCCCACUGAAACCGUCCAAAGCAUGUUUGCUCAGAACUCUGGAGCUGGACCUCCCGCGUCCAACAGCAAUGUCGAAACCCAACGGUCUAUGGAUCCUCAUGUAUCUCUUGAGGACUACAACCGUACUAUGCUGGAGUAUACCCAGCGGCAGAUGUCAUCCUUCGUCGACCUAGACGACAGCCGUGGAAGUGGCUCUAGCGGCCGAAGCGGCCGAAGCAGCGGUAGCAGCCAUCACAGCGGCGACAGUGGUACCAGCAAUGGCGUCAUUACAAGUCAGUCCAGUGCACCUCCCACUUCCGCUGGUGCCGCCGCGGUCAAGCGGUGCAACCUCCAGCAGGGUCACCAGCAGUCUGCUCUUAGCCCCAACGAGGCUAACUCUCCCCGAUACUAG